AUGACGUCUACUUAUACUCUCUCGUCAAAGAGAGACGCGCUCAAGGCCCUUGUCCCCUCCCCGCGUCGUGUUCCAGUCUGUCAUGCGGGUGCUCGUCUUUGGCGUCACGCUGGGCUGGGCUUUCAUUUGCUGGACCCGAGCUUGCAUUGCUGCAUCUGCGUCGACGGCUGGCCCUCCCCGUUGGCAGCAUCAAACAUGCGGUCAGCAUCCGAGACUGGUCAUUCGGGAAGCGAUCUCUCCAUAUUCCCUCGUCCCGGCUCCACCACCUCCGCUUCACCCCUCUCCUCAUCCCCUCGUCCCCUCGUCCGCUCUCUCGCCGUUGUACAUCUUGUCACCCCCUCUUUUGCCCCCAGCAGCGUUUUCUGCUGCUACCACUCGAGCCACUCUGCUUCUCUUACUAUACUCCGUCUCGGUAUCGUGAUUAACAAACGGGAACAAGUCAGCCACGCUACUCUGUGCUGGUCCCGCUUCUUUGCGAUCAUCGCGUGUCGGGAUUGGGCUGAACAGGCAUUGGGCAUCUGCAAGAGCUGCAGACGACUUGCUGCCAUACGCCCGCAUUCGAGCCACGACACAGAUUCCAGACUAAACGUGGUUAAGCCCGCCUUGCCCUCGCCCAACUCCAUCUUCUCCUCCUGCUGCAACCUCGGCCACAAUCCACCAAAGAGAGCCUCUCCUCUCUGCCUCCCCUUCUCCCAAACACGAACGACGUGGUUCUGUCCGUCACUGAGCACCCAGGAAAGGUCCCCCAGAAUAGACUACAAUUACAACAACAACAACAACAACACCUCCCCCAACACCAAAUCCUCCCGCAAAGGGGUGAUCAGGAUGGAUCCCGACUGUGCCAUUUGCCAUGCCCCGGCUUCUCACGCCUGCGAGUGUGAGGCCAAGGGUCUGGAGGUGGCGGUCCGGCAAGCCGAGGCCCGUAUGAUGCAGUCUAUCUACAAUGACAUCAGAUCAUGGGUUCGCGCACACGCACAGGACUAUAUCCUCGAGUACUUCCGACUGUUGACAGAGCGACGCAAGGCGACACAUGCCCAACACUUGGAACGCAUCACUGCUCAUGCCUACCACUACUACCACGCUCCACCGCAUCCCAAUGAGAUCGCGGCCGCGCAACAGGCGCUCAAGAGGGGUAUCGAUGAGGACUGGCAAGCAUCGGUUCAACGCUAUCCCGAGGUACUCGAGUACUUCUACAGCUUGGUUGAACUGACCCUUCCCGACGAUAACGAGCCUGCUGUCAAGGACCCGCCCCUCAGCGCCCUCCAAGGGUCUCGCAAAGCAGCUCGACGAAACACUGGACCAGGGACUGCUGUGAGCGGCCCUAGCCUCGCAGCCCCCCCUCCUCAUCUCCAUGAGAGAGAGCCUCUGCCACUUCCUCGAGGCCGGACCCCGCCACCACUUGAGCCCUUGCGCGAGAGAAGAACGCCUGCGCCACCAGGAGGAGGAAGAAGGCAGUCUUACAGAGGCCCUCCACCCGGACCCCCACCCCCGCCCGCUUCUGCUUACUUCCCACCGCAGUAUGGGCCAAUGUAAGCGAUCAUCAGAAUUAGAUCGCUAGCAUUACACUCCUGGGGAGUUCCUGUCACGGCGGUAGCGACCUGGGCUCGCUCUUUUGCAUCAUCAUCUCCUUUGUGCCCGCGCUCGAGACGUUUUAUCACCCAACACACCCGCUCCACCUUCAAGACGCCAACGAGACCACGAGAGCAUCAUGUCCCCGGAUUUCUUUUCCAUGGUUAUGAUUUUCUUCCCACGGUUUACGAUUGCUGCAUAGCCUCGGUUGUGGUUUUUUUCGAUGGCAUCUUUUUUUAUUUACUCACGUUUUGGACAACUUCAGCGUUCCUCCGAUACCCACAACAGUCAUAGACAUUGUUUGUGUCUCUUGAGAGUUGAACAUCAUUUUGGACAAACAACAACGAAGGAAGAGGAGCUUUACACAUCGACAUUUUUUAUGUUUCUUUUUUUAAACUUUGAUUUUAUGGCGAACCGGUUCAAACAGUACGGAUUAUGGUUGGGAUAUCUCAUGCUGAACUUUUUUUGUCACCUUUCGCUCACCUCUCCACAACUUUUUUGGGGCGUUCUUUUUUUCCUGCUGUUCGGAGGCUAUUUUUGUGUACCGCGCUUUUGCUGGCUUAAUAUCGCUUGAACCGACACCCCCUCUCCGUUCUUCGACUGAGUUGAUAACACAUGGGGAAAGGGAAGAAAACCUGCAUUUACCACGAGAGAGAGAGGAUAACGGCGGAUGUCCGAAUGAUGGAUGGGGGAACGUUUUUGGAUUACCUUAUUGAUGCCGACAUAUGAGAUUGUUUGUGUUUUGAAAAAGAAAAAUUGGGAAAGACACGGGGAGAUUGUGGAGGAGAUAUCAUGGUUUGUUUUGUUAUGAUGGAUGGGAUGGGAUUUUCUCUAGUACAUUUUGUUGAGUUAUGUUAUCUUUCGACGGGGAGGCAAAGGGGAGCUGGAGGGCUUGAUUAACAUCGGCUCUUGGUUCUCCCAGACGGUGAAGGGGUAGGGCAUCCGCCAGGAAAGUCGUCAUCGAUGUUGAUUGACUGACUCUGGCUGGAAGACUGGACCUUGGUACCGCCGUCGUUCUUUGACCUACCCUGGAGGAGAAGGUCUGUGUACAUACGGACGAUAAAAAAAACAUUAGGAAAUUGAGAUUAUCGGAUCUCUGUAUUGUUUCUCUUGCUGCCUGUGCUAUUAUCGUUGCCGUGACGCCUGUACUUGUGCCAC